UCGUCGCGGUACGGCCAUUCGAAGUCUGACGCCCUUGCGCUUAGGACGUGUACUUUUUUGUUCGGCAGCGGGUUCCUCGUUCCUCGAGAGAGUGUCCUAUCCGUACGUGGUGUGUGGUGUGGUGAUACGCCCCGGAUGAAAAAGUUGGGGCUUUAGGACCGCACCGACUCUUGGCACGCCAGGUGCUGAAGAAUUGACCACAGUGCGAGGAAUCUGGUGAAGAAGAAGCAGCAGGAAGAUAAAACCGGAAGUGUGAGGUUCGAGAUUCUCGGUGGUGGUCCAAACCUCCUCCUCAUCCCCCCUCGGUUGGUGUGCUGGAUGGGAGGUAACCCGGUGUGAAUGGAUCGUACGGUUUUGGCAACGCAGGAAAAAGAGCCCGGUUCCUGAGAGUGAAGAAGCUACCUGCUGGCAGCACGCGAGAGAGAGAGCGCGUGGCAGCGGCGAGAGCGAGAUAGUUGUGGUGUUGUGUGAGGUGGCAAGGUGGUGGUGCAGUGAGUGUCCAGUGGAAUCCUGCGGCGGAAGUGGAAGUGGUAGUAGAGGAGGCGACCAGCAGCAGCAGCAGCUAAGGCCGAUCGUGUACCUUAGCGUCACCGUAGUAGAACCCAGGUCGUCGCCCAAGGUCCCCCCAACAACCCAUCAAAACGACUUUCACGUUGUCUGACCUUUCUGCGCGAUCGGAGUAGUGUCCCUGUCCGGGAGACUUGACCAAACGCCGCCAACAUGACGAAGGACAGAUUAGCAGCCCUACAGGCGGAUUUAGCGGCACAAAGCGACGAUGAGGACAUGCCGGAAGAAGUGGCCGUGCCGGUGGAGGGCGGCAACUUCAUGGAGGACUUCUUCCAGGACGUGGAACAGAUCCGGGAGAUGAUCGACAAGAUCCAGGCGAACGUGGAGGAGGUGAAGAAAAAGCACAGUGCCAUCCUGUCGGCCCCACAGUCAGAUGAGAAAACUAAACAAGAGCUCGAAGACCUGAUGGCCGAUAUCAAAAAAACUGCCAACAGAGUAAGAGGGAAACUUAAGAGUAUCGAACAAAACAUUGAGCAGGAGGAGCAGACGAACAAGUCCAAUGCCGAUCUCCGGAUACGGAAGACACAGCACUCGGCGCUGUCGCGUAAGUUCGUCGAGGUGAUGACCGAGUACAAUCGGACCCAGACUGACUACCGAGAGCGGUGCAAAGGAAGAAUACAACGACAACUGGAAAUUACGGGUAGAGCGACGACAAACGAAGAGCUGGAGGAGAUGCUGGAGCAGGGCAACUCGGCCGUCUUCACGCAGGGGAUUAUAAUGGAAACCCAACAAGCUAAACAAACGCUCGCCGAUAUCGAGGCACGGCAUGCAGAUAUUAUAAAAUUGGAGAAUUCAAUUAGGGAGCUACAUGAUAUGUUCAUGGAUAUGGCCAUGCUCGUCGAGAGUCAGGGCGAAAUGGUGGACCGAAUUGAGUACCACGUGGAGCAAAGUAGGGACUAUGUGGCAACGGGUCAGGAGCAACUGGUCCAGGCGAGCAAGUACAUGUCCAAAGCAAGAAAGAAGAAGAUCAUGAUCCUGCUCUGUCUUACUGUUCUGGGUCUCAUUGCGGCCUCAUACGUCAGUAGCUACUUUAUGUAAGAAGAAUAAGAAGAAACCCAAGACGAAGAAGAAGAAGAAAAAGGUGUGCACCACCAGCAGUAACAUCACAUCACAAAACAGCUACUACUACUACGACCUGAUCAGAUCCGGGAGGGGAAACACGUUUAUUAGACGAAGCUGAAGAAAAUUAGCACAACCUACAGAGCGAAUCUGUAGUACAAAACACCACCAUUAACCAUUUAUCAGACAAAUACCAACAACAACAACAACAAAUCAAAUACUACUACUUAUAGAGAUACAAUUACCGUCACAGCAGAAGCAGUUGAAAGCGACAAAGACAUCAAAAGGAAAAAAAAAACAAAAACAAAAACGAUCCUUACCCCUUAAUUUGAGCAAAACAUCUCGGUUACGAACGCGGGUUUCUUUCUCAACCUCAUCCUUCCACGUCCCAGAGCGUUAGACAUUUUGCAUUACAAUCGGUUCCAUCUGUGCUACCAGUGAGACUUAUUUCCGGCACUUCCAAACAACACAAACUCCGACAAGUUUACAUCAGUUGAGAAAUAAUCAAAAAGUGAUGUCUGUGAUGGAGAAACGCUCGUGCGAGAAACAAUAGAAAGAGCGUUCCAUUUUGUCCCCCCGUUCCCGUCCGUGUCAAGUCAAAAUCACACGUGCACCACGCAACAGACAGACAACAGAAGCAACAACAACAACAACAACCAAGUGCAACCAAUCACCACCUUCAGCACCAUCACCACGUGGUCUUUGCACGUGAUCGAACAAAACAACCCAACCCCACAAUCUGUGUGUCUCUGUCUCUGUCUCGUCCAGCAAAUACAAAUCAGUAACGAACAAAACAACAGCAACAUCAACAAAACCAUAAGUCAGCAACUUAAAACUAGCGCCACGUCCUGUAAAAGUAAUAAAACAAAACAACAAAAAAUCACCACCAAAACACUCACGUAACAAACAAAAAAAAAGCAAGUGUAUGCCAGAGUACUAAGUAGCAAAUCCCUCUUUGAGCAAAAACCGUGUAAAUUAAUCAGAAGAAGAUCAUAAUCCUGAUAUGUGUGAGCAUCCUCUUGAUAGUGGUUGCGUCUACAGUUGCCGGAUAUGUCGGUUUUUAAAGAGCAUCGAUCGGAAACGAAAAACAACAUCAAGAACAACCGUCGUCGGCGACUAAUCAGCCACAUGCCACACACACCCACAAACACAAACACACGCAGACACACAUAGGUUACAACUUAAAACAAACAAAAAAAAAAAACAAGCGACGAACCACGGUGGCUUUACUUCUAUUUCUGAGUCGCUUUCACGCGUGCGUGGUCCAUACAGUAUUGCCGUUUAACUAUUGACGACGGCUUGCAGAGUUUCUUUUUUAGCAGCAGCCAAAAUGUCGCUUGGAUUUCGUUUCGCCGGAGGAAGCCAAUGCAUUAUUUCGUACAAAUUCAUAACGCUGUUCACUCAGCGACAGCGAGUCAUCUCUGUUUGCUUCAUGACAUCAACACACACUCACACACACACAGCUUAGACGAGAACGACACAUCGUCCGCAUCCGGAGGUGGCCAUCGGAAGAGCACGCGCGCGCCUCUCGGGGAGCACGAGCGUUGUUCUGUUUCACAGACAGUCAUUUUAACCCGGCGAGGAAUAAAGGAAGAAAACAACCAAGACAACCACAAAUUUACGCUUGUUGAGUAAUUAUUAAGUUUGUUAGAUUUAGAUAGUUUGGUGUCCUCGUGACGCAGGACGUGCGGAUUUAGUGCUGAGUUCGUUUUUUUUCGUUAGGUAUUCUAGUCCAUAUUUCGGAUCGCCGCGCUCUCUGUAGGUUAAAACAAGGAACAAAGUUUUUUCUGCGUUUACUUUGUGUAAAUAUAACCACGUGUAAUUCUCUACUACUGGCUUUCGUUGAUCACUAACCAAAAGCAUGGAAAACAUGGCGUUUAAAGAGUGUCGAUGUGGGCGGGUUGCGCUAAGCGAGCUAAUAUUUGUAGCUGAGUUCUGGAGUUAUUAGGCUAACGUGUGGCAGUUUAUGCUUGCGGUAUCGAACUGUUUUAUCGGUUAUUUGGAGCAGUGUGUUAGGCCAAUGGGAAAGUGCGGGCGGAUCAUAGCAAUAAAACUACAAGGAAAGGGUUGCCUCUUUGAUUUUCGUUCUUUCUGCUGCUAGAAUGAAUCUUGGAGGUAGGUACUUGCGCGCAAAGCAUUAGCAUACGCAAGGGAGAGAAACUGUACCGGCAAAUUACAGAACUAAAAUGUGUGCACUAAAAAUCUGAAAACAGAAAAAAAACAUGACAACAAAACAACAUCAAACAGAAUAAGAACGAACGGCAGAAGCGGAAUGAAAAUCAUGAAAUGAACACUAAAAAGAGGAAAAUUAAAGAAGAAAAAAUGUUCAAGAAAAUGUGUGAUAAUAUUUAAAAGUAAUAAUCUCUAACAUUAAUUUGAGGAGAAAAUGGGAAAAAAUAUACAAGAAAGAAAAGCCUAUAGAUAUAUUACUAUUAUUCACGAAAAACAAAAAAAAAUCAUAACAGAAUGUCAUAUUUAUAGCUCCUACAUAUAUAGGAAACGACACGGUGGCAGUGGAUCGUAGAACGGCACGAAUCUUUGGCGUGAAACCUUUUUGCACACACAUAUACACAACUCAAGACACACACACAUAAGGGUGAGGCUUUCUUGCCCGUUUCUACACUUCAAAACAGUAUUUGGUUUGUCACCUAGAAUUUCUAAUGCUCUUUUAAAAAAAAAUCAAAUUGAGCGUCAUUUUUUUUACUUUUUUUAGAACUUCUCACCAACUUGUACUUAGCCCUAUUACCGCUGGCGUGAAUAAUUAGAGUUCACUCGAGUUGGUAUGACCGCAGCAAAAUGGUCACAUGACAGUCACAGAAAAAAAUUCGAUACUUGUUCAAGGAUGCCUUGAGUUUUCGGCUGAUUUUCCAGAGAAUUUUCAAAACAAUUGACAGCUUACUUUCACACCGCAGUUUUUCCGCUGACAGCCAAAGGUAGUCAAAGUGCAGUUGGUGCAAAUGAUCAAAGCGUGCUGUGGUUGGUCGCUUGUUCUUUUCAGCUGUCACUCGCGAUUUUAAAGUGCGAAUGGUCAGUUUGGUGAAAAGUGCGACUGGAAGUGUAAACCAAAAAUCUGGUUGCCUAGAUUCAAGGCUGAAGAUUAGACAAGGUAAGGUGGGUGAAAUCCGAGCUACAAUGUCGGGAUCAUUGUUUUCUGAUUUUCAAUUUUUGCGGAAAUUUGAAAGCAAAGUUGUUAUCAAUCGCAGAUUUCAUACAAUGAAUUAUUGCUGUAAAUUUUAUUUAUGUCAUUUAAUUGCUUACGAUUAAUUUACUUCGCACAAAAGCUUCGUGAAGUUUUCCAACAACAAGCAAACAAAAAAAUACCGUUCCCAACGAAAUACCGGGCAGAUACCGACUAGCUCAAAGAAGGUCACGGACAAUCGCGCCUACAUGGGAACGAACGACAUUCACUCACAACAAAUUUGAAAACAAAAAUAAAACGUAAAAAACCCGUGCAGUCACAGACGGCAUCACACACACUCACAUAAAAACACAUACACAAAAAAAAAACAAAAACAUAACAUGAAUCGUACUAUACUGCCCAGAAAAUUAAACUUACGAAAGUGAGAUAUAAGAAUUUUACAAUUCUCGAUAAGAUUCUUCUUUAGUAGAGGAGAAGGACAACAGAAAAAGCAAAUAUUGUACACACUUUGCCCUGUUUAGUUUCUCUUUUUGCGAUGCUUUCCAGUAUUUGUUGAAAUUAACAACAACAACAAAAAACUCUUCAAGUUGUGCGCCUUUUCUCUUUUGUUCUCGCAGCAAUUGUUUGCGAAUAGAACACUAAUAUCAAGUCAAUUGUUUUUCGUAAAAGUCGCUCUUACUUUUUUUUUCUACCAGCGAAGAAGUUAAACUCCUCCGUCAGAUGUGGGACAUUUGUGGUUUGUUUUUUUCGGUGUUUAAGUUUCGAUCCAAACAGGCAAAACGAACAACAGCAACAAACAAAAAAAAAACAAACAGUGUAAAUUGAGAUGUGAGCAUAAACUAAGUCAUAAGUAAAUAAUUAGUUAAAACUGUACUGUAUGAAUGGCAACCACAGCAAAAAGAAGAAGAAAUGGAAACCAACCUAGUGUAAUCAAAAAAAAAAACUUUUUAACAUACACUGACAACUUAAUUAUCGCAUCUUUUGCAUUAUUGAUUGAUUCAUUGGUUGAGAAAAGGCGAUGAAAAGUUAUCAUCAUUAAACAGCAGCAGCAGCAAGUGAAGUCUAUAUAUGUAGCAUUUAAUGAAAAUAAUAUCUAAAAGAAAUACAAAAAAGAACUAGCCUAUUAAUUUAAAAUAGUUAUUUAUCUCAAAAAAGUAAUAAAAAGGUGAAAAAUAACAAUUAAAAAAACUUAUAGCCGAAAACAAAAAACCUAGACAAUUAGAAAAGUCACGUAUAGAACAUCUAAAAGUCGCUAAGUAAAAAAAGAGCAAAAUUUGAAUAAGAGAAUGAAAAAUUGUAAUUCAAAACUUCUUCCUCUCGUGGACAGCGAACACACAAGAUAGAAUAUUACUUUGCGGAUAAGAUCAAAAACAAACAAAACAAAAGAAAGAGGGGAAAUCACACACACACACACACAAAGAAAACCAAUAAUAUCACGUCAUCUAGGAGAAAGAGACAAAAAACUAAGAAAAGCGCUCUGUUGUACAGUAAAAAUAUUUUUUCUCUAUAUUUCUCUAUAUCAGUUACUAAUAGUAAGGUUUAAAGACAAAAGUAUUUAAAUAAAAAAGAAAAAUAAUUAAGCUAUAAGAACGCCGGGAAGUGCAUAUACACAUGGGUAGAGUGGCGCGAAGCAAGGCCGAUUCCGGCAGCCGUGAACCCCCUUUACAAAACUAUACACAGUUGAAAAUAGUUAUGAUGUAAAUUUACAUCUUUUUCCAUGUAAUUGAACUUUUUACAUGUAAAUUGAGGUAAAAUUACAGCUCCAAUUUUUACUGUGUACCCAAAACCCUGGCCAUCAAAGGGUCCCUAAACCAACAAGCAAUCGAAUCAGACAUUCUCCAUAUCUCUAUUAACUGACAAAAAGGUAAUACAAAAUACUGCUUUUAACCUCCCCCGUAAAGUUCGUUGAUUCGUUGCGAUUUUAAGCAUGCCUCCGGAAUCGAUCCUGCCUCGCAAAGGGUGUUUAGCAAGGACAACUGAGAGCGACAGCAAAAAAUAGCAAAUCGAUAUAAGCGCAGAAGCAGCAGCAGCAGCAUCAUUGUGAGAUAUUAAAAGCAAACCAAAAAAAAACGACACGUGUUAAUUUUAAUUUUUCUCCCUAACCCUUUCUCUUGUAUUAGAUAAGGCAUUUUUUUUCUUGAAAUCUUGAUGUUGAUAACAAAAAAAAAAAAACAAAUAUUACAAAUCGAAGGUAAACCAACGUUGCUAUUGGCAGGAAACGGGAGAAAAAAAAGCGGCGGCGUUUGCGACAGAAGUAUAAGGCAAAAAAAAAAAUAAACAAAUGUUUAGAGCAGGAUCGUGUAUAUUGUUACAUUUAAUCGUAAGUCCAUUUUGAAGUUACUGACAAGUUAAUGAAGAAUCUCUCUCAAAAUAGUGUUGAAAGAAUCGUAGGAAAAUCAUUCAUCUCUAUCUACACAAUGGGCGAAUACAAUAAAGAAAGCAAAACAAAAAAAAACUACCAAUUUACCCUACCCUACAGUUUGCAAAACAACAACACGGUCACAACACUUCAACUCCGAAAGGACAUCACAGCAAACCAAGAAUGAAGAAUCACACCAACACAAUCACACAUAAACACAAAACAGCACAACAACACAUUCAAACAUUCACACACACCAACAGCAUAAGAGCAAGAGAUGAUGUAUCAACAAUACCCUAUAACAGUGGAAGCAAAAUAGCGACUAACGGAAAAAAAAAUCAAGAUGAAAAAUGGACAAUUGAAAAUUGGUUUUCAUGUUAUUUAAUAAAAAAAGAAACAAGUUAAUAAGAUUAAAGAAAACACAAGUGAUGGCUUUCAAAAUUAUAUAAAAGAAAAAUCUAAAAAAAUAAAUAAAAGUUAAUAAAAAGCUAACAAUUUUUCGCCUUUUGCAUUGAAAAAAAAAAUACACAUACACAAAGAAAAAGUGACACGCUAGCCAACAAAACCAGUGAUUAGGAAACAUUACAAUACUGUUACAAACAAGAAAAAAUCUCUUCUCUCUGUUUCUCUGAUGGCAAUAGGAAUCGAGAAACAUAGUGGACACAAUUUGGAAACUACUGCACUCGUAAUAAAAGAAAAUACACAAAGAAAAAAAACACACACAAACACACUUUUUCUUCUUGGUAGAAAAUCCCCGUCUCCUAGACAACAUCCACAGACAAAAAAAAAACAUUCACUCACACCAGAUAACAACCACAACAAAAACAAAACUACCAAAAUGGUUCAUCCCAAAUCAUUCAUCAUCGUGCGCGCCAACUAUGAGCGACCCCACCGGGCACCUCUCGAAUACAACAACAACAACAACAACCUUGUUCCUUCUCUGGAAAUGAAAAAAAAAUAAGGAAAACAAUUGCAAACUCUCUUCAGCUCUGAAAUGCUCCUCCCCUUUUCUGCGUGAGAAACAAAACAAAACAAUGCACAUUCUUCACAAAACGCAAACCCUCCCUCCUCUUCUUCACGCAAACAACCAACAGCAAACAACAGCCAAACAAAACAAAAAAAUCAAACUCACAAACAAACACUCACACACACACGCGCGCGCGCAGAUAAAAGAACAAAGAACACAAACGAAGUGAGAGUAACCAACCGUGUGUAAAACUUGUCAAUUUUCGCAAAUAAUAAAAAAAGACAUCUACUGAAAGUCGAAGCAAAAUACAAUUAAAACUACAAAUAAAAAAGAAAUACAAAAGACAAAACAAACAACAAACAGCAACAACAGCGAACGUAACCUUCUUUCAAAGCAAACAAAAAACUCCGAGCUAGAGUUGUUUAGGAAAAUAACAAAAAUUCUCACAACUUCAAACAAAAUAGACAACCACCUUUGAGAGCAAACAACAAAAAGUCAAAAAGGGAGAGAACAGAAACAAAAACAAAAAAAAAACUUUGCAUGCAAAAACUUGAAAACAGAACAUCAGACUACAGAAAAAAAGAAAAAUCACUCCAAGUAGCAAUAGACAUGAGUUUCGAGCGCAGCAACCAAAACAAAAACAAAACAAACAACAACAAAGCAAAACGAACGAACGAAACACUCACUCACAUCAGAGAAAGAAAACAACAACAAGAAAUGGAAGAAAAAGUAAUCAGCUGUAAUCUACUUCAAAACAACAACAACAACAAAAAAAAAAUGCUAUUAUAGUAUGUAAUGAAAUUCCACAGAACCAGAGAAAAACAAAAUCGUUGCAAUAAAGAUGAAAAUAUUAAGGAUAAAAAU